AUGACCCUCGCACUCGCGCAGUCGAUCAUCGACUCGCAGGGGAGCUACAGCCACGCCCUGUCGAUCCAAUACUUCAUGGACUGGCUCUUCGACGGCCGGUUCAGCACGACGAGCACCUCCUGGGACGUCGGCCGCUCGACGCGCGGGGCGCUGUUGUCCUGGAAGAAACGCGGCACCGAGCAGCUGGAGCAGACGCAGGCGCAUAUCAACGCGAAGCUGGACCGGGACGAUUGCUCCGGGAACGGGAGCUUGAUGAGGAUCGCGCCGUUGGGCGUUGUGCUGUGGCGGAAUGCGCCUGAGGCGCGGCGGCGCGCGAGAGAGCAGAGUCGCGUGACGCACCCUUCGCUUCCGUGUGUCGAGGCCUGCGAGCUGUAUACGCUUCUGCUGUGUGAGGUUAUGCAGGGGUCGAGUAAGGAGCGGCUGUGCCAGACGGUGGCUAACUACCGCCUGGACGAUCCUAAGCUUGCAGAGCGGCUGGCACGGUAUCAUAAUAUCUCGGAUUGGAAAGCAAAGUCGAAUUCCGAUCUGCGCAGCAGUGGGUGGGUGGUGGAUACGAUCGAGGUCGCCCUGUGGGGGUUCUUCAAGUAUGAGUCCUGGACAGAUGGUGCGUUGGCGGUGGUGAAUCUGGGAGGCGAUUCUGAUACGGCGGGCGCUGUUUAUGGUGGUCUUGCUGGGGCGUUUUACGGGUCUGAGUCCAUUCCAUCGCAGUGGGUUGAUGGGAUGGUGAAGAAAGAGUUGAUUGGGGAGAUUGCGACGAAGUUGUCCCACUAUGCUGUUUAG